UGGUGGUGGUGGUGGGGGUGUGAUCUGGUAUAGACCACUAUAAAGGACAGCCUUUAUCUGCCAGAGGUAAACUGGUUCAAGAACGAGUUAUAGCAACACUCCAGGUCUGGUCCCCUGUGUUCAAGUGGCCACAGCAUCUUUGAAGAGGAACAGUGUGGGAGCAUCAAUUGCUUGAAGGGGAAAAUAAAGGAGAGAUCCCAGAUCCCAGCCUGACACCAGAGCAGAGUUCUCCAACACACAGACCUUCUCUCCCCCCCACACUUUUAUUUAUUGUUGGUGACCAAGAUGAGCUCAGGACGUUUGGUGCUGAUGCUGAUGCUGAUGAUGCUCUGCCUCACCCUCUGCAACACAUCUGUGAGAGCCGGUCAGCAACUUGUGGCAGAGGACAGAGAAGGCAAUGGGAAGAUCCCACUGGGCGAUAUCCUGCGAAGAGCGGAGAAUAGCAUCAUUCGCUCCAUCCUGAUGAAGAUGGGAGAGGAGGAGGAAGAGGAGGAGGAGGAUAGCCCCACUGCGUUGGACACUGAUUCAUUGCAACCCGAAUGGGUCUCCAAACGGCAACACCCAGGCAAGCGGGAGGACGGGCAAGGAGAGAUCACCGAUUAUCUAGAUGCCCAGAAGAGACAGCACCCUGGGAAACGAGAAGAUGAAGGUGAUGAUGAUGGUGGGGACGACGAUGAUGAUGAUUAUCUGACACCAACCCAGAAGAGACAGCACCCGGGGAAGAGAGAGACCCAGGAUGACCUCGUGGACCUGCAGAAAAGGCAACAUCCAGGCAGGAGAGCCACAGCUGAUCAGUUCUCAGAAACCCCCGGCCAAGAGUUAGCCUUCCUGGGCGAGUUGGCCAAGAGACAACACCCUGGGAAGAGAUACCUGACCUACAUCAAGCGCCAGCACCCUGGGAGAAGGAGCUGGGAGGACGAGAGGGAUUCAAGCGAGAACCUGCCGUUUGAGAGACGCCAGCACCCAGGGAAGAGAUACUUAGACCCAGAGAGCAGCGAUCUCCCCUUCCCCUGUGACCUAAACGGCCCCCCUACCAGUUGCAGGAAAGCUGGCUUGCUGUUGGAGCUGUUGGAGAACAUGAACCGAAGCCAGAUGGAGGAGAAGAGGCAGCACCCAGGAAGAAGCGUGGCUUUGGGUGAUGAGAUGGAAGGGCAAGAAUGAAAUGAGACACUGUGUCCUGAUUUGCUCUGUUGUAACCUGAUAUUUUCUUUUCCUUUUCUCCCCCCC